AUGGACAAGCUCUUCCCGCAUCCAGAAUACGCCGAGGACCAGCCGCGAUACAAAACGAUAUUAACUCUUCACGUCCUUCGCGCCGGCCUGACAGCAGGCUCUGUCCUCUCCGUCCUAUCUGCGACACUGACUACACUUUACAAAGAACCGUCCGCGCUCCUAUCGUCGCAACAUGGCAAACGGCUCCUCGUCCACGCUAGCCACGGCGGUGUAGCUGGGUUUGUCGUCUCGGGAGUAAUGCUUACAGCAAGAAUGUGGGGGAAGGAAGAUAUCGAGUGGCAAGACAGGUCUUGGAGAUUGCUAGAGAACAAAGGACAGUGUGAAGCUGAUACGUGGAUUGCGGGUGGAGGGUUGAUUGGAGGCUUGAGCAUGGCGAUGCUAGGCAAGGGCAGAGCUGCUGCUGCCACCGCCACUGCUUCUGCAGUUAACAAGACGCCUGCCAUCGUCGUCAGGCCUCUAGAUUCGAUCAUGGGCGGUAUGGCCUAG